GGAUCUGAUGAACCUGAACCUGCAUCUUCCCAUUCGGGUUGCUUCCAUUUGCUUGGGAUGAGCCGGUCUCCUACCCUAUUUCUUUGUGUUCCCCUUUUGCAUGAUUAAAAACACAUCUAUAUGCAUAAGCCAGGGCCUAGCUGUGGCACGCCUGGUUUUGGGUUACAGCCUUGUCGGGCGUGAGGUGCGGGCCGCAGCACGCGGUGUGCGCGUCCGGACUGGUCCGUUCUGGUUAAGUGGAGACGGCACUCGUAUGAGGCCUCUGCACUGCAGAUAACCGGAAUGGGCUGCCAGGCAAGUUGGCGCUGCCCCGACGCCAAAAGGUCCUCUUCUCCGAUCCGGGACCCGCCUCUGGCUCUCUGGCCUGCCGCGCCAGGCGCAAAAAGGAGCGGGCGCUGGGGAGGAGCAGGGCGAAGUGUAGGGGAGUGGGAGCGCAGGCUGAGCCGAGGGCCCGAGGCUGCCAGGCUUACCCUGGAAGCGGGGCUCGGGCCGCACCCCCGACCACUCGCCGGGCUCUGCGCUCCGAGCGCCCUCGGACGCUCUCGGCCGCGGGGACCAGCGCUCCCCUCCCGGCGGAGGACGCGGGCGCUCCGGCCUCUCCCCGGUCUCCGCAUCGCCCUUCCCAGCCAGGUGUCCGGAGGCCCAGUGGCCGUGCAGGUGGACCUGAGGUGGCCCGGGGCGAUCCGGCCGCGGGGACCCACGCGUCCGGCCACGUGGGCGGCGACCGAGGAGAGGCUGAGCUGGGGACACCCCAGAAAAGGAAGAAACACUCCCGACCUGAAAUGCAGAGGCCAGGAGUUUGUGGGAAAGAUAAAGACGCGUGGCGACGGACCCCUGCAAAGCGAGCUGCCCCCACCCCCUUUGUCCUCCAAAAAGAGCACGUUGUUCCCGAGUCAGCGGCUCUGGCCCUUAGGAGGAGGCGUCCUGUCCCCUCAGGAUGGGGUCGCCCCCACUGAGCUUUCUGACUCCCCUGCGCCUGGUCUGGACCACAGGGCUGAGCGGAACUCUGCCGGCUGCAGCGAGCCGGAGCUGCCCCGCCCCGCCCCGCCCCGCCUCCCCACCUUGGCCAGGCGGGCUUCACCUCUACCUCCCCUGCCCACAACUGCGUGGUCUGAUAAACGAAGCUGUGCAAAGGGUGAUCUUUCCCCAUUCUUUGGGAGCCUUCUUGAAAACUGAAGACAACGUAAGAAACUGGUUAUUUUGGAUGUACUUUACUAUUGCAAGAGGGAACCUGGGAGAUUAAGACCCUGAAUCUGGGAAAAUCUUAAAAGGCUCCCCCGUCCCAAUUUCACUUUAAGAGACAUUUUGCCGUAAAGUUUCAGUGCAGCUCACCUCCAGCCAAAGGGGCAACUGGUUCCAUCACCUUACUUUGCCUCUCCUAGAAAGAUUUCCAAAGAAAGCUCCAAGGAGAAGACACGAUCCUGUUGAGGAAGGAAGUCUUAAAUCCCCUCUGCUGAAAGCUGCUCUGGGGUAAAUGGGGUGAUCUGUGUGUUCUCUGCUUUGUACUCAAGGACAGAUCUCUCAACUGGUUUCCAGGAUUCAAGUCUGUACCUUCAGGGUAGCAUUGCUCAGCCUAAAAGUUCUGUUCCCUGUACUAUGUUUGCUAGCUUGUCAACUUAAAUCUCUGCCUGCAACUCUGAAAAUUAUCUUUUCAUGCUCUGCAAAGGACCAGCUAUGUUUGGACAAGUUCUCUUUUGGGCUAAAGUCCUUAAUAUUUUUUGUCCUCAUGAAGCAGCUCUGCAUAAUGUUGUAACUAUGGCAAAAGUGGUGCCCCGAGGCCACACUCAAAGCCACUGAAGACCUUGGUUCAAGCUCCACCAGUCCUAAAACUUCUUCUGACCGGCUUUGAAAAAGCCUGUUUUCUGCUUUGCAGUUCUUGCUGAUGUCUAGCACUUUCACAAACAGUCCUACCUAAAGGACAGUCCCAGGUGUGUGUGUGGGGGGGCGGGGGGGUUAGACACUAAACACCUUCCUGAGAACUUGUGGGCUUCUGCUUCAAGCAGGGAAGAGCUGACUUCCCUUUUCCUUUUUAGGGUCAAGUGAGGGGCAGAGUAACUAAACCAAGGGCAUGUCGCUAGGUACAUUUUGCAGAUAUUUUAUCUGUUUAAAUGGCCCAGAACUAGAAAAUUCUGUUCAAUCCCUAAGAAGUUAAAGAAAAUACACUUUUAUUGUGUUAUCUUAUUUGGUAAAAGCACCAGAUGUUUCUAUAGCCUGGCUGUGCUUCCAGUUUAGAUUAUGACCUUGAGCGAGUCAUUUGCUCUGUUUCUUUACUGUGAAAGUAUUUCAGUUACUCAAGACCCAAGCUUCCUGCACAUAUAAAAGUCUGUGAGAAUAGCAGAG